UCCCUGGGCCUUGUAAAUGUAAGCAGGUGUGCGGAGGCGACUGGGCUUCCUGGGCAACCCGUGCCAGUCGGGAGGUUGCGUCAAGAUCCAAAGAUCUCUGUGCCUCAACAAAUCGCUCCCACUGAGUCACCGAGGUACUGGGACAGCCCCCGAACAGUGGCAGGAUUGUGUUUCCAAACCCCUCUCCAGAGACUUGAGCAUGUGAUUCCAGAAUGAGGUCUGCACAGAGUGUGGUAUUGAGGCUUCCUGCUUGUUUCUUGGAAGGAAGGUACAAUCUUUGCCCAGGCUGUGGGCACAUGAGGUCUGCUAACAUCACCACUGCCACAGCACCUUGGCAAUGGACGGAGGCUGCAGCUUCCAAUACUCCUCCAUGUUGAUCCAUGGAUUCCCUGAGGAAGAAAUCCGGGAGACUAUGCUGGAGGAAGGGAUUACUCCACAUCAACCCAGCCUGCAUUUGGACAUGCAACAGGGAGUGCCGCCGGACCUCGCUUUGAAGGCCGCAGUGUGUGCCGGCUGUGGAGAGGCCAUCUAUGACCGCUACGUGGUAUUUGCGGUGGACAAGCCCUGGCACAGUCGCUGCCUGAAGUGCUGUGUUUGUGACCUCAUCCUGGGCUCUGAGCUCACCUGCUUCUCCAAGGAUGGAGCCAUCUACUGCAAGGACGAUUAUUACAGGAGGUUCUGCGUCAAGCAGUGCUCCCGGUGCCAGCUGGGGAUCCUGGCCUCAGAGAUGGUGAUGCGUGCCAAGGAGGAGGUCUACCACCUCAGCUGCUUCACCUGUGCUGUGUGUGGACGGGCGCUGGUGACCGGCGACCUCUUCGGCACUCGCCAUGGUUUGGUCUACUGCCAGGAACACUUUGAGCCUCCGGGCCGGGAGGAAGACGAGGCGCGGCUGAUGGACAGCUUGUCCGACCUGGCCCUACGGGGUGACGAGGGGAUGGAGGCAGACCGUGGGGACGCCGAAUGGCCCAGGCAGAGUGGCGGCGGUCGGAAGCGGAGAGGCAGCAGGCUCCAGAGUGAAGGCGAUGACUUUUAUCCAGCCUACACCGAGGGGGAGCAGCCCCUGGGGGAGCCUCGCUACUCUGGUCAGCAGAAGGCCAAGCGCAUUCGCACCUGCUUCAAGCACCAUCAGCUCCGCACCCUGGAAUCUUACUUCGCUGUCAAGCACAACCCAGAUGGCAAAGACUGGGAGCAGCUGUCCAAGAAGACAGGGCUUCCCAAGCGAGUGCUGCAGGUUUGGUUUCAGAAUGCCAGAGCCAAGCUUCGAAAGAGCCUCCUGCAGGAGGAGAACACCGACAGCGACACCGUGCCGGACACCCAGGAGGCAGCUCGUUCCCCGAGCACCCAGCAGACCCCAGGACCCCUGGGCCCGCCCAGUCCCCUCUUCUCCAGCCAGGGCAGCUCACCACCUUGCCCCCUUCCGCCACCCAGGCCCACCAUGGCGCCCAUCUUCCUGAACAUCGACCCCAACGGGCCUGCUGAUCCCCUCCAGACCAUUGACCACACCAACCUGUGCUGACGGCGGCUUUUGGUGUCUGGGAUCAGCCAGUCAGAUUUGGUGGCUCCCGGCCUCUCACACUGGGAGGGUAAACCUUGGGGCAUUUAAAGGGGGAGGCCGAGAUUUCACAGUGGGGAGGGAGGGGAGGGGGGAGCAUCUGUGUGACGUGAAAGACUUAACGCUGAAACUCUGCCUUUGACCAGAUGGGGCAUCAACAUAUUGGGACCGACAACAUUCUGGGGACUGAACAACCGCCAGGCAGGAAGGCCAACCCUCCAGUCUGUACACAAUGAAUUCCGACGGCUCUUCUGAGGCACCUGGUGAGGGCCUAGGAUUAAUAACCCACCACCCCUCCUGGUCCCUAGGACCUGCACCUGGGGUCCCUAGCUCUCCGUCUGUGCUGCAGGAAUGGAACAGGGACCACUCUCUCCUGGAACCCUCCCACCAGUGUCUCAGGGUUUCCAACUUUCCAGGUUUUCCCAAAGCCCUUGGCCCCCAGAAAUUGUGGGGUCAACCUGUUGGACAGUGGUGGUUGAGAAACUCGGCAGAAUCAUCAGACCGGCAACUACAAGCAAAUUAUUGGCUGUUUGCUAUUUUGUUUAGUUCUUUAGGUAGUAUUUAAGUUGAAUCAUUAUUAAAGUCUUGGAAUAACCAGGAACUGUACGAAAGAAGGAACUUAAAUCAAUUUCUAUCACAAGGUGAAAAUGUAUUAGGCAAACUAAUGGGCUAAAGCUGACAAGUCCCCUGGAACUAUGGCCUGUAUCCUAGGGUCUUAAAGGGAACAGCUGUAGAGAUAGUGGAUGCAAUGCUGUAAUCUAGUUCUUUGGACUCUGGAGAGAUCCCAGAGAACUGGAAAAGCAGAAGUGUAACUCCAUUGUUUAAAACAAAAGGAGACAGGUAAUUUCCUGUUAUAAUUCCUAUUAACAGGAAAUUAUAGAGUGGUUAACCUAACAACUGUCCUUUGGAAACUUCUGGAAUCUAUUAUUAAAGAAAUAAUAGGACAUUUAAAAAAUUAUAGGACAAGCAUAAUCAAUGUGGAUUUAACAGAUUUGCUAGACUUCUUUGAGGAUGUAACACAGUAGAUAAAGGGGACAUUAGAUGCAAUGUAUUUCGACUUGGGAUGAUAGGGUGUGGCAUAAAGGGUUAUUUCACAGGUUAAGGGUGCAGGGGUUGGGGCAUGGACAGGGGAUUGGCUAACAAAUAAAAAAUAUAGAGAGUUAGGAAAAUUAGAUCAUUUUCAAACUGGCAGUCAGUAAGUAGUAGGGUGCCACAGGGAUCAGUGCUGGGGCCUCACCGAUUUACAAUCUGUAUCAAUGUCUUGGAUGCACAUUUGCUGAUGAAUCAAAGUUAGGUGGUUAGCAAAUUAUGAGGUCACAAGGUGCCUGCAAAAAGAUGUAGAUGGGUUAAGUGAGUGGGAAUAUGUACUUCAAAAAAAGAAUGAGAAAGCAAAUUAUUUUUAGGUAAAGUGGGGUUACAACAUAUUGCAGUACAAAGGGAUGUGCAAAUCAUCAUUAUGAAACACAAAGGAUUGGCAUAUAGAUACAGUAUGUAAUUAGGGAGGCUAAUAGAAUAUUAGCCUUUAUUGCAAGGGCUAUACAGUAUAAAAAUAGGGAAGAUUUGAUGCAAGUUCAUAGGAUGCUGGAAAAUCUGCACCUUGUGUACUGCAUGUAGUUUUGGGUCUCCAUAUAAGGAAGGAUAUUUAUACAUUGUAUAAAUAUGCAGAGAUGGUUGAUUCCUGGGAUGGAGGGGUUGGUGUCAGAAGAGAGGUUUAUAUCCACGGGAGUCUUUAGUCUUUCUUAGGGGAAUAGACGAGGUGUUUGAGAAGAUAUUUCCUGUGUCCACCAUUAGAGACAACUUGCAGCAAGAUCUUUGGUGAGAUAUUCAACAGGUAGAGUGCCCCUUCUAUUAGAAAAAGAUAAAUUAUGUGUUGGGAGUCUUCUGGUGAGCUGCAUGCUGUUCUACUGUUAGACUUUGCAGUAAGAUAUAUGGUGUCUUAGUGAGGGACAAAGUGAAUCCCCUUUUAUUAGUAGGAGCUAUGGGUUGGUGUAUUGGUGUCUUGAUCUGAGGAGUGUGACAAUAGUCAAGAGCUCCUGCUGGUCCCAUUCUGAUUUCACUGGGCAGUUGUCGGAACCAGCAGCUAUCAUCUUGCUGUAUAAUGGGUUGAUCUUUAACAGCAGCAUCCAGUCAGGUGGUAAAAGACAGCACUCAAACAGUUACUGUCAGUACCAGGUCAGACUGUAACAGGCAGCACUCAGUGUGAUAGGCAAUAUUCAGUCAGACAACAACCGCUAGCAACCAGUCAGAAUAUAACAGACAGCAUCUAAUCAGGCUGAAAGUGACAACCUCAGUCAAACCAUAAACACCAGCACCCAAUCAGAGUAACAGUACCCUCUGCCUCGAUUGUUCUGCAGUUGCCAGCACUUUGCCAGUGAUUGACAUGAUCUUUCUCUGCUACCCCAAUCUGUACCUUUAUGGCUAAUUCUUAAAGCCACUACAGUAAAACCUGUUGUCUUUCUG